AUGGACGACAUAAUCGCCGAAAUUAACCAGCGCGGAAAGGAGUACGAAGAAGGAUAUGUUGGCUCAGAUGUAGACGAAGAGAUGCCGCAAGCUGAACGCGACCUAGCUGAGGAUGCUCAAUGGAAAAUAUUUCAAAAGAACACAUUUACUCGUUGGGCAAAUGAGCAUUUAAAGCAAGCAAAGACAUCUGUCGAUGACAUCCAAACGGACUUUUCAGAUGGUCUAAAAUUAAUACGUUUGGUGGAAGUAUUAUCAGGGAAAAAAUUCCUCCAUAUGAAUAAAAGGCCAACAUUUAGAACGCAAAAAUUGGAAAAUGUUACAAUGGUUCUCAAGUUUCUUGAGGACGAUGAAGGCCUAAAACUUGUCAACAUCGACAGUACUGAUAUUGUUGAUUCUCGACUGAAACUUAUUCUUGGGUUAAUUUGGACACUUAUUUUGCAUUACUCUAUCUCUAUGCCCAUGUGGGAAGGUGAAGAAGAAUUGCCACAGGAUCCUAAAGGCAAAGGUCCAACUCCUAAACAACGUAUUCUUGCUUGGGCUAACUCAAAGAUGCCUGAUCGUCCUGUUAAGAACUUGACAACUGACUGGAACAGUGGUAUUGCCAUCGGUGCCUUGGUGGAUGCUUGUGCACCUGGUCUCUGUCCAGAUUGGGAUACGUGGAAUCCCAAAAACCCCCUUAAAAAUGCUACAGAAGCUAUGAAUGCUGCACAGGAAUGGCUGGAUAUUCCUCUCCUCAUAAGACCCGAGGAAAUGAUUGAUCCUAAAGUUGAUGAAAAGGCAAUGAUGACGUACCUUAGUCAAUUUCCGAAUGCAAAACUCAAGGAAGGGGCUCCAUUGCGACCUAAGAUCAAUCCCGCUCGUAUUCGAGCUUAUGGACCUGGCCUUGAGGAGACUGGAAACACAGUCAAUACUAUUGCCAAAUUCACUGUGGAAACAUUUGCUGCUGGUCGUGCUGAUCUUGAAGUUAUCAUCUUGACAGCAGGAGGUGCCACUAUUCCAUGUGAAGUUGUGAAAAAUAAUGAUCGCAACCUCACCUACUCCUGCAGUUACGUGCCCAAAGCUGAAGGUCAAUACCGUAUAAUUAUCAAAUACGCAGGCAAAGAGAUUCCAAACUCGCCCUUCCUUGUUAAUGUUCAGGGCGCUCCGGGUGAUCCCAAGAAGGUUACUGUCUCUGGACCUGGUAUCGAAGAAAAUGGCGGUAAUUGUGUUGGUCGCCGCACGUUUUUCAAUGCUUUCACGAAAGAUGCUGGAGCUGGUCUUAUUUCGUGUGAUGUAAUUGAUCCCAACGGUCGACGAGAUGCCAUCAAGCCACGUAUCACACGCCCUGAUGAAGACGGUCCAUUCCUCAUUGAAUACACCCCGAAAAUCGAGGGUCCACACAAGGUAGAGGUCAAUUUUGUUGGACAACCAAUCAAUAAGUCGCCCUUCCCUGUCAAUGUUGGUCCUCCUGCGGCAUUAGCGAACCUAAAGACUGCCGAGGCAUUAAGUGCUCAAAGACCUGCAGUUGAGAAACCUAAGGGCCAAGGACCCCAAUUCAAGAUACCGGGAGCUCCUCAAGUUCCUCCGGAUGAAAUUCAAAAGUCUCAGUCAGGUACGGCGAAUGUUCCUAAAGGUCAGGGACCACAAGGGGAUCCACAGGUUCCUGCUAAAAGUCAAGCUCCUGGUACCCAAGGUCCCGGAGCCCCUGGUAGGCAGGGCAUGGAUGGACCUCCUGUUAAGCCUCCUAUUCAAGCUGGAAUUGCUAACCUCCAAGAUGCAUCUCCUGGACAGACUCCUUCAAGAACUCCAGCGUGCAAUGGCAGUCUAGCUUAUGCUACAGGGCGCGGAGUUCAGGAGAAGGGUAUUCGUGUAAAUGAUACUGCUGUCUUCCAAGUUCAUACUGAAAAGGCCGGUGGACCCGCUGAGUUAGUUGUCAAACUCAGUCUUCCAGAUGGAGCUGUCGUACCAGUUAAUGUUGUUAAAGAAUCGGAGCAUCUCUAUACCUGCACACAUGUCCCUAAACGUGCUGCGCAGUACACACUAGUAAUCACAUAUGGAAACGAACAUAUUCGAAGCUCACCAUUCAAAAUCAAUGUUGGACCAGUUAAAGAAUCGAAGAUCCGUGCAUUUGGUCCUGGUCUAUCACACGGAGUAGUUAAGACUCCAAACCUCUUCACUGUCGUCUCAAAUGAUGAACCAGGCGCGAUUGGUUUUCUAAUUGAGGGUCCAAGCUCAGCCACAAUUAAAUGCGUUGACAAUGGUGAUACCUCAGCCUUGGUAUCAUAUGAAGUCGACAUGCCUGGUGAAUACGCUAUCCACGUUACAUGCGACGAUGAGGACAUUCAGGGAUCUCCAUUUAUGGCUACUGUUGAAGCACCACCUGGAAUUGAUGUGAAUAAGAUCAACGUGUUCGGAAAGGGCAUAAGUCAAACCCCAGGCGAUGUUAUCAAAGGAACUCAAACAGACUUCACAAUUGAUCUAACACAAGUGAUGAACGUUGUGAAUCAGAUUGCUAAUGCUAAGAAGGUGAAAGCGAAAGACUUGCUCUUUGUGGAAUGUCGUGACUCCCUGGGAAAAGUUGUUCCUAUUGAAGUAACAGAGAAUGCAGCCGGCAAGUUCACCAUAAAGUAUACUCCAAAGAACAUUGGUAUUAUCACUGUUCAUAUGGCCAUUGAUGGCCAGUGUCUGAAACAGUCGGGAACAAGAGUUCCAGUUGGUCUCGAUGCUGUAGUGGGCGGAAUCAAGCUCUAUGGUCCUGGUUUAGAGUCGGCAAAGGUCAAGACUCCAACUCACUUUACCAUGGAUCUCAAAAAUGUACCACAAGCUGACAAUAGAAAGAAAAUUAUCUCUGAGACUGUUUUCCACAUCACUGAAGAAGACGGUACUCCAAUCAUUCCUAAGGUCAUUGACAACAAUGAUGGAACCUACAAAAUUGAAUACACGCCCGCUGACCAUUCAACUGCUCUCGGAAUCUCUGUUCUUGUUGCUGGAAGCCAAAUUGCUCAGAGCCCCUACGUGGUACCAGUCAGCCCUGCUUUUGAUACUUCAAAAUUGAAGAUCACUGGUUUGGAUAGCAAGGUUAAAGUUAAUACGCCUCAACAGUUCCAAAUUGAAACUCCAAGUGAUUUACCAGCAGGAAAGGUUCCGACAGCGGUUAUCAAACCGACUACAUCAACAGGAACUGUUCCUGUGACAGUUAAGAAAUCGCCCAAAGGUUUUGAUGUGGAUUACAACCUGCCAACACCGGGUGAAUACACUGUUCAGGUGGCUUGUGAUAAAUACCCUGUCGAUGGUCCAUAUAGUAUAGAGGCUGUUCCAGCCACCCAGCAAGUUCCACCCAAAGGUGCACAACCUGCGAAAAUUGCAUCUCCGAGAAUUAUUCCUGGACAACCAAUUGUACCGGUAGUUGCUGCACACAAUGCAGCUUUGUCCAAAUCUGGUGUAUUGAAAGAACCAGUACCACUUCAUACAGGUACUGUUGAGCCUAUGCAGAUCGUCUCACCACAAAUGAAGACGCCUGUGAAACGAUCAGCAGAAACAGGCCCACUACAAUCACCGAUUAAACCGAAAAUGGCCAAACCUGAGGCUAUUGUUAAUGAUGGUGUUGUGCCGACCAAAGUUGAUACACACCAACAAGCUCAGCCUAGUCAUCCAGGUAGUGUGCCUAUGGCUCCUAGUGCCUCGAAUCUAUCUGGUACUGGUCCUCUUAGGCCUGAAAGCCAGCUCCCAGCUGGUCCCGGAACUCAUGAUCUUGAUAGUCAGAAUCCACCUAGACAGCCCACAGACUCCCCAAGCCAAACAAAAGCACCUUCAGGCUUGCCUCAUGGAGCUGGUCAGCUUGUCGAUGGACCGGAGGCUUUGCAAGGAAAGUUCCAACCAGAUCCUCUUCUUGUCGGACCAGGCGAAUAUCGUAAACCACGACCACCAGUUCUACCUGAAGAAAAGGAACAGACUAAAAUUAACAGCAAUUGGCCUCAGCCUAGUCCUGAUGAACCAGCUGGUGCAGUUACAGCUUAUGGACCGGGUCUUGAAAAGGCUAUGGCCACUAUUCCCGCUGAAUUCACUAUUGAUAGCACUAAGGCCACACCAGGUCCUCUUGCUGUCACCAUUGAGGGUCCACAACAACCCACCGUGAACUGUAUUGACAACGGGGAUAAGACUUGUGGAGUCACAUAUGUACCUCCUAUUCCUGGAGUCUAUACAAUUAAUGUCCUCUAUGAUGGCAAGAAGCAUAUUCAGGGUAGUCCUUUCAUGGUGCAAGUUUACCCUGUUGGUAAACUAGAUCUCAAUGUUGACAAGGUUAAAGCCUAUGGACCUGGAUUACAACCAACGGGUGUCUUUAAGGACUGUCUGUCUAAAUUCAUCGUCGAUGCAAGAGAAAUUGAUACGUCUGGAGAUGAACCCGUCACGGCUAUCAUCAAAGCGCCAGAUGGUCGUAGAUUUGCCUCCAAUGUGGUCAAUAGACGCGAUGGAACAUAUCUUGUCACUUACUCUGCAAUCAUGGAAGGUCCGCACGCAAUUGAAGUGGCCUAUGGAGGAGUUCAAAUACCUGGCAGUCCCUUCCAAGUAGAGGUUCACCCAGGCUUCGACGCUUCAAGAGUUCGUGCCUACGGUCCUGGCUUGGAGCCUUCAGGCCCUCAUCUCAUGCCCAACCUCAAGACAGAAUUCACUGUAGACAUGAGCGGAUCUGGAAAGGGUGGUCUUGGACUUUCUAUUGAGGGCCCUGCCGAUGCCGCAAUCAAUUGCAUCGAUAAUAAGGAUGGAACAUGUACCGUUGAGUACACUCCCACCAUGGCUGGCACUCAUGACAUCCAUCUGAAGUUCAAUGAUGUCGAAAUUCCGAACAGUCCAUUCCACGUGAGAAUCCAAGGAAAUGCUGAUGUGAGCAAAGUUCGUUGCUACGGCCCUGGUUUGGAACCGAACAAAGUUCGUGCCUCUGUACCUGCCUCCUUCUUUGCUGAUACAACCCAAGCUGGCAACGCUCCCAUUGAGGCAACCUUUACGCCAGUUCCAGGAGCAGCCCCUAUUCCAGCCGCCGUCAAUCCAAUGCCGAAUCAACCCGGUCUCUAUGAAUGCACCUACAUCCCACAAGCUGUGGGCCCCUGUCAAGUUGAUGUCAGUUGUGAGGGCAAACCGGUCAUCGGGUCACCCUUCAAAAUUCCGGUUCGACCUACCACUGAGCCUGAGAAAGUCCGUCUUACUGGAGCAGGAAUUCGUGGACCUGUCCAAGCCAGUAUGCCAUCCACUUUCACGGUGGAUGCUACAGAUGCUGGUGUGGGAGAUCUCAAGCUUGAUGUCAUGGACCCCGUUGGACACAGCCUACCAAUUAGUGUGAUCCCUAUCACCCCUGAAGAGUUAGAGAAAGUGAAUUCAGUCCCCGUCCAAAAGAAGGCUCCCCAAAUGGCGACAGACGGCACUCCAAUCAAUGCGGAAUCUGGCUUGCUUGCUUGUACCUACGAACCCUUCAUUGUCGGUGAACACAAGAUCCAUGUUAUGUAUGCUGGCACUGAAAUUCCGGAAAGUCCUUUUGUUUUCGAAUCUGUUCCCGUGGGUCGAGCUGAUCUCUGCCAGAUAAAGGGAGAAGUAAAGCCAUUAAUUGGUGUCGGAGAUGAGACAAGCGUGACAGUUGACACAUCCAAAGCUGGUCCUGGUAAUCUGAUGUGCAGAGCCAUUCAAGUGAUCAACGGUCGCCCUAUCGACUUGCCAACAGAAGUUGAAGUUAACGAUGAUGGAACAUCCACCGCUUACUUCAUUCCGAAGGAAAAAGGACCAGUUCAAGUGGAACUCCGAUUUGGUGGUCAGCUCAUUCCAAAUGGAAAAUACACUCAGACGGCUGUCUCGGUAGAGGAGUUGGAUAUGCCAGUGACUCCAAUUCAAGCCCACUAUACACCAGUUGAGUUCAAUCUCGUGGUCUCUGGAAAAGACGAUCAUUCUCUUCAGGCUGUGGUAGUAAGGCCUUCAGGUAUGAAAGAUCAAGUUGAAAUCAAGGAGGAUAAAGAUGGAAUGGCUAAGGUGCAGUACCAUCCAAAGGAACGUGGAAUGCAUGAAUUGCAUGUGACAACUGUCGCUCCUGGAUCCGAUCUUCGGAUGCCAUUAAAGGGUAGUCCCUACAAAUUCUUCGUGGACAAUGCUGCCAGUGGAAAUGUAACUGCGUAUGGACCUGGUCUCAGUCACGGAGUCACUGGUCAACCCGCUGAAUUCACCGUUGAUAUGAAGAAUGUUGGAGCUGGAGGCUUGUCUGUAUCUGUGGAAGGUCCUUCCAAAGUGGAGAUCAAAUGUACGGAGAAUGGUGAUGGAACAUGUCGUGUUGCCUACUGUCCCAUGGUUCCUGGCGAAUAUACAAUUAACUUGAAGUUCAUGGAUCGACCGAUUUCGGGAUCGCCUUUUGUCGCUAAAAUCACUGGUGAACCAAAGAAGAGAGCAUUGAUGAAUAUGACCUCGAUGACCUCAAUGACAUUUGAUGCUGGAAUUGAUGAUAUUUCGCUUCUCACGGCAACUGUGACAAGUCCAUCUGGGCGUGAGGAGCCUUGUGUACUCAAGAAACUCCCGAACAACAGAAUGGGCAUCUCCUUCACUCCAAAGGAGAAUGGCGAACAUUUGGUCAAUGUCUUCAAAGCCGGCAAACAUAUUCCCAAGAGUCCCUUCAAGGUCAAUGUGUCUCGGGAGGAUGUUGGUGAUCCAACUCGUGUCCGCGUCAUCUGGCCCGAAGGUGUUCAACCCAUGGCCAACCAACGCAACGAGUUCUUGGUUGAUAGUAAGAAUGCUGGCUAUGCUACCUUGAGUCUAUCAAUUGAAGGACCAAGCAAAGCAGAGAUUGAGUGUAUCGAUAACAGUGAUGGAACCUGCACCGUAGCCUACUGUCCAACUGAACCGGGCACAUACCUGGUGAAUGUGCGUUAUGCUGAUCAGCAUGUACCUGGAAGUCCUUUCACUGUGCAUGUUGGAGGUGAACCCUCACAGAGAAUGAUUCAACGUAUUGUUCGCAGCCGACAAGCAUUUGAUGCCACUCAAGUUGGCAGUGAAUGCACUUUCUCCAUCCGAAUCCCAAGCGACAUUCGAGAAAUCACUGGAGAAGUGUACUCGCCAUCUGGCAAGCAUAUUCCUUGCGAAAUCAUUCGGAUUGAUGAUGAGAAAAUCAGCAUCCGAUUUGUGCCUCAAGAACGUGGUAUCCAUACAGUCAAUAUUUAUAACCGUGGCGUUCACAUACCUGGAAGUCCAUUCCAGUUCACUAUUGGACAACCUGCAGAAGGUGGAGCAGAUAAAGUUCGCGUCUCUGGUCGUGGUUUGGAAUACGGUGAAGUGAAUGAAGUAAAUGAAUUCACUAUUUAUACUCAUGAGGCUGGUGCUGGUGGGCUCUCGAUUACAAUUGAAGGUCCAAGCAAAGCUGAGAUCUCAUUCAAAGAUCACCAAGAUGGCUCUUGCUCCGUCUACUACAAGGUUCGCCGUCCUGGAGAGUAUAUCUGUACAAUCAAGUUCGCCGAUGAGAAUAUUCCAUUCUCACCCUUCCGCAUUUUCGUCACUGAUCCCAGAGAUGGAGGCCGAACUGAUGCCUAUGAGGUACCUAUCCAGUUCACAUCCAACGAUAGACUCACUCAUGAACGUGAGACCACUGAGCUAUGUGGUCCAGUGGCUUUUACGGUUCGCUGCCUAGAUGCAGAUCAUGUUCUCGAAGCUAUGGUGGAAGCACCUUCUAAGACCAUCGAACCAGCCACUGUGGGAAAACUUGAUGGCGAUCAGCAUGUUGUGCGUUUCAUUCCGCAUGAGAGUGGAACCCACUUCGUGAGGGUCUACCUUAUCCCUGAAAAUGAGGCUCACUUGGGACCCCGAGCUCCUCACGCCAAGGAGAUUGAUGGAUCGCCUUUCCAUAUAUUUGUCGGUGGCAAUAUGGCUGAUCCUAGCACCGUCUAUGCCACUGGUGAUGGACUUUCGCAUGGCUCUGUUGGCGUCAAGAACAAGUUCUUCGUAAGCACUGCUAACGCUGGAAAGGGCUUGUUGAGUGUGGUCGUGGAUGGACCUUCAAAAGUUCAAAUCACCUGUGAAGAACGUCCAGAUGGUUAUGAAUUCUCCUAUGUCCCUACCCUUCCUGGUGAUUAUAAGAUUAGCAUCAAAUAUGGUGGGAAUUUCGACAUUUGCGGCUCACCAUUCGUUGCUCGUAUAACUGGAUCUCCAAUGGGAGAUAUAAUGCAUGAAGAAAAUCACGAACCAUCCACCAUUGUGCUUGAUACAGUAACCAAAACUAUUACCAGCCACACAUAUGAAGCAUCCAACGCAAUUUCUAAGGGUGUUGCGCAGAAUGUUAACUGCUCUGGACUUGGGCUUAAGCGUGGUAUCGUUGGAAGACAGAACCAAUUCUUUAUUGAUGCUAGCAAGGCUGGUAACGCAAUGUUGUUGGCAGGAAUGAUGGGUCCUGAGCAUCCAUGUGAACGCUUUGAAAUUGUCCACAAUGGGAACAAUAUGUUUACUGUGACGUAUAACGUUAGUAAAGUUGGCCAAUAUUGGUUGUCGGUUAUGUGGGGCAAUCAGCACAUCCCCGGAAGCCCAUUCCUAGUUGAUGUCGCUCCUUAA